AUGGAGGAUAACAAGGAUUCUCUGCCCAAGCUUAAGGACCUGACAUUUCUCAAGAACCAGCUGGAGUGCCUACAGCAGCGUGUGGAAAUGAAAGUCAACAAUGGCGUAGGUCAGGAUGAGUCGCCCUUGUCCUCCCUAUUCUUCAAGGAAUUCCUGGCAGGAUACGUGGUGGCCAAAAUGAGGGCAUCUGCAGUAUUGGGCUGUGCAGUGGGCACUUGCAUUGGCAUCUAUGCGGCUCAGGCAUACGCCAUACCCAACGUGGAGAAGACAUUGAAGAACUACUUUAGGUCACUACGAAAGGGGCCUGACUAG